UUACCUUGAAAAUUGUCAGAGCAGUAUAGCUUCUUGUCGUGUGUAACAGUCCAGCAUGGCUUCUUACUACUAUGACGAGGAAGCAGGCCUGCUGGGAAGCUCAAAGGAGCACUACUCGUUUGAGUUUGCCCAACGCCAAGUGCGUCAGGGAUUCGUCCGUAAGGUUCUAGGUCUGCUGGGUCUGCAGCUCCUCUUCACCGCCGGCGUCACCGCGCUCUUCCUCUUCAACCACUCCGUCAAGUCCUACGUUUUCACCCAACAAUGGCCGCUAUGGACCUCCUUCGGCCUCUCCAUGGCCAUCAUCAUUGCUCUGGGCUGCAGCGAGAACCUCCGCCGCAGCCACCCCCACAACCUCCUCGCACUGGCCGCCUUCACCGUGUGUGAGGCGGUGCUGGUGGCCUCAGCGGCGGCCACCUACAAUGCGGGGGUAGUGCUGCUGGCGGUGGGCAUGACGGCGGUGGUGGUCCUGGGCUGCGCCGUCUUCGCCACUCAGUCGCGAGUGGACCUCACCCUCUCCUCCGGCGCGCUGCUGUCCGGCUGCCUGGCGCUGCUGGCGGGUCUCACCCUCAACCUCAUCCUGCGCGCCCCCGGGCUGCAGCUGGCGCUGUGUGUGGGCUGCGUGUUCCUGUUCUCCAUGUACCUGGUGUUCGACCUGCAGCUCCUAAUGGGCGGCUUCAAGUACGAGCUGUCGGCUGACGAGUACGUGUUCGCCGCGCUGAACCUGUACCUGGACAUCAUCAACAUCUUCCUCUACCUGCUGCAGCUGCUGGGCUCGCAGAGGGGGGACUGAGGGGGGUCGGGAUUGGCUGGUGGGGACUGAGAGGAUGAUGGUGGCAGUGAGAAAAAGGAAGAAACGACGGAUGGCUGUACGACAGGGUAUAGACUGUACACCAUGGGUUGGAGGAGAGGAAGAGGCAGACGGGGAGGAGGGGUUGGUUGAGGCGCUGUGUGAAGGGCUGCUGCGCGCUAUAGGGUUGUUGUGGUGGCAAGAGGGACACACCGAGGAGAGCACAGCAGGAGCAGGUUAUGGCUGCCGGAAGAUUUCCGGAGGAAAGAAAGGCGGGGGGAGGAGUGGGAGGAGUUAAAAGGGGACAUCGGAAGGAUGCCAAUUGUGCUGUGUGUUGCAUGUGUGUGUUUGCGUGUCACCUCCCUGAGAAAGCGAUGAGUCCGAAAAGCCAGCGCCGCGGGGGCCGGUUGCUGCCACGCCGCCUAUUGUGGGGUAUAGGAGCCCCGUUUCGUGUUGCCACAUACCUUGGUAAUAGGCAUGGCAUGAGGGCGCGUGACUGGUAUUGGUGUGGUUCAGGUUGAUGUGCGAUUGCGGAAUACGGUAAAGAGCCUUGCAUGCAGUCAGGGAAGACGCCGAGGGAGCGUUGUGGGGCGGAACCGGUACCCUCCUCCUUGAGGUUUGUGCGACCUGCGGGGCUCUCCGGGGCGUGUGCGUAUGUGUUUUUUGGUGGGGAUGGGUUCGUCCUUUGGCUGCAGGGCUCACGGUAUGAGACCUUCCUCGUCAGUGGGACACAUGUGCGCACGUGGCUCUCAACCCUCAAUCUUUUGAUGGAUGGAUGGGUGGAUGCAGGAACCCUGGAACAGUGGAGCGGCUGUGGGUUGUGGGAGGCGUGCAUGCUUGAAGGGCGCAUGGGGACCAUGGGAAGCGGAU